CCGGCCAGGGGCGGGCGGGGGGCCGCGUCUCCAUGGCGACGGCGGACGCGCCAGGGAGGGUGGCUGGUACCUGCUUGCUAGCGGCGCCGCGGCGGGGAUCCAGGCCGAGUCGAGGCCAUGUCGGACCUGGGCUCGGAGGAGUUGGAGGAGGAGGGAGAGAACGAUAUCGGGGAAUAUGAAGGGGAUCGAAAUGAGGCAGGUGAACGGCAUGGACAUGGGAAAGCCAGACUGCCCAAUGGCGACACUUACGAGGGGAGCUAUGAAUUUGGUAAAAGACACGGCCAGGGAACCUACAAAUUUAAAAACGGUGCCCGAUACGUGGGAGAAUAUGUUAGAAACAAGAAGCACGGCCAAGGCACGUUUAUAUAUCCCGAUGGGUCCAGAUACGAAGGGGAGUGGGCAGAUGACCAGAGGCAUGGCCAUGGCGUGUACUACUACGUUAAUAACGACACCUACACCGGGGAUUGGUUCGCUCACCAAAGGCACGGGCAAGGCACCUACUUCUACGCAGAGACGGGAAGUAAGUACAUUGGUACCUGGGUGAACGGACAGCAGGAGGGUGCAGCCGAGCUCAUUCACCUGAACCACAGGUACCAGGGCAAGUUUAUGAACAAAAACCCCGUCGGCCCUGGAAAGUACGUGUUUGACAUCGGCUGCGAACAGCAUGGCGAGUACCGCCUGACAGACACGGAAAGAGGAGAAGAGGAAGAGGAGGAGGAGACAUUAGUAACUAUUGUCCCAAAGUGGAAAGCUACCAAAAUCACAGACUUGGCCCUGUGGACACCAACCCUUGCUGAGGAGCAGCCCCCGGCUGAGGGGCCGGGCCAUGAAGAGGUGGCAGGAACCGAAGGCCGGGGAGAAUCGGAGGAGGAAGCCCAGGAUGUGCCUGAGGGCUAUGAGGGCGAGAUGGAGAUGUUGAGACCACUAGACGAAGACCCAGAUGCCUUCAGGGAGGAGGGCCAGUACAGCUACGACCUGGACCAGGGAAAUGUGAGCUUUGAGGAAGAAGAAGGCAGACAAUCAGAUCUGCAGGACUGAAAAGCCACAGGGCAAGGGUGCAGCAGACGGCCGGGUCCCUGGGCCGGCUAACGCCCAUCAGUUCUUGAUCUUUCUUACUUAGUUGUUAAGUUGGUUUGAAAUUCAAAUAAAUCUGUUAUCUUUUGUUUCUGAA